AUGCUGGGGCGAGCUGUAGGACGCCUCGGCACAGAAAUGCCCGAUAAAGAAUCUCACGGCUGUCCCGCGUUAGCAAACAGCUGCAGGCGUGAGGUGUUAAAAUGGUGCAACUGCCUCGUCAGAUGUUCGCUCAGUAGUGUCACUGAAGCAGCAGCCUGGAUUCGAUCCCUGCGGUUUGAGAAUGGCACGAAUGCUGCGAGCGGCUUGGCUGUGGCGUUUGAGGACCCAGCCUGCCAGUCGGUGUAUCUGUUCACUGACGUACUCCCAGAGCAAGAGUCGGAGGAAAUCUGCCAACUUCUUGUGGAGAACAAGUUGCAUCCAGUACAUGUUGUAUGCCUUCUGGGAGAUCCGGAUGAUCAUGAAAGAAGCGAGCAAAAAAUAAUGGAGAAAGUAGCCAGACAAUCAGGGGGGUCCUUUCAAGCGAUCAGACUCCCCCCUACUGCUUCUGAAAAGGUAAGCUCCAUGUCCAUCUCACACGCCCAGUGUUGUCACACAGCUAAUAAAGAUCCCUGUGGCUCUCUGCUGCCAAGAUGUCCAGUAACACACAUUCCUGUUUGUGCAUGGAACCCAGAUUCCCUUUGUAUGCCCUUGAUAUCCUCAGCGAAAAGGAAUUUCAUUGAUUCAUCCUCAGAGGCUUCCAGUUUCAUGAGAGGGGCUCGUGUGUUGGCAAGGAGAGAAGCUGAUGGCUAUUACUACCUGGGCCACGUUGCCCAAGAGGUGAAGAGCUCCAGGGAACGCUUUUUAAUUGAGUUUGACAAAAGCCGCACUCUGAAAGGCAAGGUACAGCUUCGCAUGCAGGAAACGCCUCUCUACGACAUUCUCCACUACGAGGAUGCCAGGCAACAGCCUCUUGCUCCAGGAGACAGGGUCUUGGCACCAUGGGAGGCUAAAGCUGAACGUUUUGGCCCGGGCACUGUGCUAAAGAUUAUGGAGAACAAGGAGGCAUGUUUAGCACCCAACAGAAGGGGAGUGCUUGUGAAUUUCUGGAAUGGGCAGACUAAGGAGGUGUCUUCUGACCAAGCUCUGCGGAUCCCUCUGCCCUUAAGCGAACGCAUCAUCCUAGAACUGCAGAUGCCUUUAGCAGCCAGGCAGCUGGUGGUAGAUUCAAGCUUGGAUUACCCGUACAUCGUGACACCGGGUUAUAGAGCCUCAGGCCAUUACAGACAGGGUCACUCAGACCUGGACUACUGGCCGAGGGGUCUGUAUUCCACUCAGCCAUGUGCUAAGUGCAGCUGUAGGUGUACCUCGCUUCCCCAUUGCUGCCUUGCAGCCUGGGAACCCACAUGGCCUACAGGGUGCAAAGUGCAGCAGGAAGAUGCCUUCAUCCCAGGAACAAGCUUGACUAAAGAAGAGCUCAGCAAGAAAAUAGACGAGCAACUGUCUGAAGUGAGGAUUUCGUCUUCAGAAAGUGUUUCCAGAGAGGAAGAGAAAAAGGAAGAUAAGAGAUUGAAGACAGAAAAUGCUCCAAAAGAUGUUCAGUCUUGUUUGGAAGAGGACAAUGAGGUUAUAGAACCUAAAAAGAGUCCUCAGAGGGAGAUGGCUCAUGCUAUGGUUGAUACUGCUGUCAACACAGACAGCUGGUUAAUGGAGGCAGUCCACAAGGAAGAAGCAGACAGCACACAGCGGGAUGCUGAAUCUGAGGCUAAUGUUAAGCACGAACAUGGUCUUUUUGAGUCCAGAGUGGCAGAAGCUCCAAUCCAGCACUCCCAAAGGAGCCCUUCCCUGCGAACCAGUGCUUUGGUUCCUUUCAGGCGCCAAAGCUUCUUUGGCAGAGUGAAUCAAUCACUAGAGAAAGACAGCCUGACCAUUAAAUCAGCUCUACGUGUACAGAGACCACACAGUACCUCCAACGUGCAGGCUAGGAGAUCCACAAAUCUUCUAAAUCUUCUAAAAGACAAAAGCAUUACAAAAUCAAUCCUUAAUGGUGCAUCUCAGGAGAGAUGGAAAGAGAUGGACUUCAACAGAGCCAAGAUUGAGCACAAAAGGUGGCAAGAGGAACAGAGGCAGCUGAAGAGGGAGCGGCAGCAAGAGGCAGAUAGCAUCCGACGCCAGCUGCGCAGGGACAACCAGAGGCAGCGAUUGCAUCAGAGAACGUUGCAAGGGCUGGAGAAACAGCUGGAGCACAAAGACAGAGCUUUGCAGCACAUGGCACUGCUCCAGGCUGCUGGGGCAGAGAGGAGCAGGAAGGAAUCCUUGCCAGAGGAGGAGAAGAGGAAAGCAAGUCAGAGGCUGCAGUUCUUAAAGACACAGCGUUUGCAGAGAGAAGAGUUGCAGGCAGAACGCAAUGAAAGGAGCUUUGAACAAGAGAAAGAAAGGCUGGAUUUUCUCAGGAGCAGAACGCAGUCACGGCAGGAAAUGUUGGAACAAGAAUCACGAGAGCAGGACAGGCAACAAAAGCAGCAGCAGGCUGCCAAAGGGAGAGUAUUCCAGAGCAGAGACCGUUCACGCCAGAAGAUGGAAAAAGAAGGCCAAAAACUCUGUGACCUCCAGCAGUACCUCCGAGAACAGAAUCUUUUGAUGCUCCGGGCAUCACUGCUAGCGUAAGGAAGCUGCAGAGUGGGUAAGCAGGCCCUUGAGCAGUUUGCAGACCUGAUCUGUAUCUUGUAGGUGUGAGGCAGUGUGCUGGA